ACUCUGGAUGAAAAUGGCUUCUCCUUGCAGGAGCACCACCACGAUCUGCGGUGGCCUUCUUCUCCUCUUAGCUUUCGUGGCCGAGAUGGUCCAGGGCGGCGCGUCAGCUCCGGCGCUGUACGUGCUCGGCGACUCGCUGGCGGACGUCGGCAACAACAACUACCUGGUGACGCCGUUCAGGGCGAACUUCCCCCACAACGGCGUCGACUACCCGGGACACCUUCCCACCGGCAGGUUCAGCAACGGCCACAACCUAGCAGACUUCAUAGCUGCCAGUCUCGGUCUCCCCUCACCUCCAGCGUACCUUUCCAUGGGCAACACCACUGGAAACUGCUCCCUGUUCCUGAACGGUGUUAACUUUGCUUCCGGGGGUGCAGGAGUCUUAGACGCCACAAACAAGGGCCUGACAAUUAGCUUCGACGAACAAAUCGAGCGUGACUACACCACCGUUUACGGAGGACUGGUGCAGCAGCUCGGCCAGGCUCAGGCCUCAAUCCACGUGGCGAGAUCGAUCUUCACCGUCGGCAUCGGCGGCAACGACAUAGCCGCCCGCGUAUUGUCAGGCCCCAAAGAUCAGCGGCAGAUGAGCUCCGAUCAGCAGUUCAUCGCCUCGUUGGCGCAGUCCCUGAAACGCAAACUGCAGAGGAUGUACAAGCUGGGAAUGCGCAGGCUGUUCUUCGUCGGCACCGGGCCGCUCGGGUGCUACCCGCUGCUGCGGCAGCGGAGCCUCGCCAUGGAGUGCGACGCGGAGGCGAGCUCUCUGUCGAUGCAGUACAGCGCCGCGGCGGCCACCAUCCUGCGCGACAUGAGCACGCGGCGCCCGGACUUCGAGUACUCCUCCUUCGACCAGUACACGGCGCUGCUGGGGUACAUUCAGGAGCCAGAAGCGAAUGGCUUUGCUGAAGCGAAAGCGGCGUGCUGUGCUCUGGGGAACGGCACUGCCUUGUUGAUAUGCACACCGGCGAACGCUCUCUGCGCCGACAGGGCGAGCCAUGUCUUUUGGGACGGCGCCCAUCUCACGGAGGUCACCACGGAGAAGCUGGUGGCGGUCGCCUUCAACGGGUCCGCGCCGCUGGUUUCGCCGGUGAAUUUGAAGCAGCUCAGUGCCCCGUAGGUCAAAAGGGUACUAUAUCUCCAUCCUUUGCAACGGUACACAGCCAGCAAGACAGCUAUUACGUGAUUGGAAAGUCAAAGUGUUAGAUAAAUUGGUGGCUACUACCAUUUUUUACUAUGGGUUAACAGCUGCGUUAGAUAAUGAUCAAUAUGUUAGUUAGACAUGAACAAAUUGUUGGGCAGACCGGAACUAGAAACAUGGCCCAGUAAGGAAAAGAGAUAGGUUUAUUGGGCCAGCACAGUUGUUGGGCUGAAAUGGAUAAGCUCUGAGACUAGGUCGAGCAAUCUUUUUAAUAUUUUGCACCUUUCACCAAGUGGCCUAACCUUUACUAUUUGUAGCUUGACCUUGAUUAUUUUGCUCAGGUCGAUCAAAACUGGCAGCACGUAUUAA